GCGCGCGCUGGCCUGGAGGCCGACUUGGAAGCCCAUCUGGAGGCCGACCUGGCCCGGCAGGCAUUGCGCGGGCAACAUGGCGGCGCCCGGGGAGCGGGGGAGCUUCGGCGGUGGGAGCCUCUUCUCCUUUCUGCCCGGCGGCGCGCGCUCCGAGGUGAUGGACGACCUGGUGACGGACGCGCGCGGCCGGGGCGCGGGGCGGAGAGAUUCCGCCGCUUCGGCGCGGACGCCAUCCCAGGCGCCGGCCUCCGAUUCUCAGGUCGCCGAGGACGCCUCCCGGAGGCGGCCCUGCCGGGCCUGCGUGGACUUCAAGUCGUGGAUGCGGACACAGCAGAAGCGGGACAGCAAGUUUAGGGAAGAUUGUCCUCCGGAUCGCGAGGAACUGGGCCGCCACAGCUGGGCCGUCCUCCACACCCUGGCGGCCUACUAUCCCGACCUGCCCACCCCAGAACAGCAGCAAGAUAUGGCUCAGUUCAUACAUUUAUUUUCCAAGUUUUACCCGUGUGAGGAGUGUGCUGAAGACAUAAGGAAAAGGAUAUGCAGGAACCAGCCAGACACUCGCACUCGGGCCUGCUUCACCCAGUGGCUAUGCCGCCUGCACAACGAGGUGAACCGCAAGCUAGGCAAGCCGGACUUCAACUGCUCGCUGGUGGACGAGCGCUGGCGCGACGGCUGGAAGGACGGCUCCUGUGACUAGAGGGCAGCCAGAGCCUGUGGGCGGCCUUGCCAGAGAGGGUGGGGCUCAUUAAAGUGCGCGUCAGACCCAGGGCCUGCCUUGUCUCAGUUGGGUGGUCCCCAGACGCUACCCGUGGAGCCCUUUCCCUCUCAGGUUCGGAGUGUAAGUGGAGGUACCCGUUGCAGGCACCCCGAUGGCCCCCUCCUCAGCCCGCGCCCUGUGGGGCUGCAGGUGAAGGAGGCAGGAGCAGCCUAGGCUGUCCCUUCCUCUCAGGAUUCGGCCUUCCACCCACUCGACACCCUGCUGCCUACUUUCCCGCACAGGAAGGUGACAGGCCUGUCUGGGCUCCCCUGUGUCGCCCUUCCGGGCCAGGCCACUGUCUCCCCACGUUGUAGCUAGGGAAAGCUAGGGGUCAACGGGGACGGUAGCCCCAGAGGCUGUGUGCCAUUUGCACUUCAGGAAAGAGGCCUGGGGGCUUAGCUCUGCUGUGCACCUUCCAUCUGGCACAUGGCCUCGCAGAGCCGUCCCAGGCCUGUCAGAGGAGGCUCCGUGGAGCUUGAGACCAAAAAUAAAAUGCUGGAGAAGUGACUGAA